AUGAAUGUAUUUGGGAGUAGUAGUACAACACUGGGAACGAAUGGUUUCGAAGUCUCUUUGAAUUACAUCAGUGGGGUUCCCGAUCCCAAUAUCCUGACUUGCUCCCCAAAAGUGAAAUUGGCAUUCAAGGCACUAUUGAAAAGGGAUGAGACCACAAAAGAGAAAAGUUUGUCAGAACUUUUGCAAAUAAUAGACGAGGAUUCAACGGAGAUAGACGAUGAUCUGGUGGUACUAACCUGGGUCCAGCUGUAUCCCAAGCUCUCUUUGGAUAUCUCCAAAAGGGUGAGGAUACUUUCUCACCAGGUACAGUCCAGAUUUGUUAAGGUGUUGGGAAAGAAAUAUGCCAAGUUUCUGAAAGAUACAAUUGGUGUGUGGCUAGCAGGUAGUUUCGAGUCUGAUAGGUUAGCUGCCAAAGAGUGCGCUAUAUCAAUCCAAGAAGCUUUUGGAAGAAACCAAGGCAAGACAGAUGCGCUUUGGAAAAUAUUUCCAGUCCAGAUUCUGGAAUUUUGUUUUCAGGUAUUCAAGUUUGAAAGCAGGGAAACACUUUCUGACGAGAGAUUUAUUGGAAAGGACGAAGCGGAAGCAAAGUACCAGCGAGUGCUAUUCAGUUCGAUCUCUAUUUUGAGCACCUUUGUUACAAAACAGGAUAGCAGUAUGUCUGAAGAACUGGCAGAAAAACUUGGUGAUAUUUUGCUAUUAGAAUCAUUAUGGAAUUGCGCUGAAUCGAAAGACCUACAGUUGAAAAAGGCUACUUAUGUCUUUGGCAGUCUGCUUGUCACGAAACAGCCCACGUUAGUGACCCCGGAUAUUUACAAAGUCUUAUGCAAGCAUGUGAUCAAAGGCCUCAAACUCAAGUCAGUGCCUCAGCCUAUUGUUUAUUCUCCAGUUAUUGUUCCAAUGUUGGAGUGUUUGAUCACACUAACCGCAUUCAACGCUAAAGUCUGGGACCAGAAGAAUUCAAAGACGAGACUUUUCGACCUGAUCUCUCUUGGUUCUUGCAAUUCUCACAGUUCCUACUUUAGGCUAGUGCUAUCGCUGCUCAAAUCACGCACCUUGCCCGAGUCUAUCGUUAACUUUUCAAGUGCCGAUGAUGUGAACAAGCUGAUCUCUGCCUUUGGCCAAAACGUUGAUAAAGAGAGACAAGUUCAAUUUGCCGAAGGAGCAUGGAAUUUAUACUUGGAAACUGUUGCUUUUUCCUUGCAGACCCUCCCAGAGGACGAAAGUACUUUGGUAUCUCAAAACUUCAGCAAAACGGUAGAAUCGAAGCUAGGCACUAAAUUGCCGCUUCCAGUUUUGAACAUUUUGGCCAAAAAAGAUUGUUUCCAGAGGUUCAUACAGGCAUUGCACAAGUCGAUUACUACCUCUUUGCCAUGUGGACCUGUUCAAUUUUCCAGUGGGGUCUCGUAUACGGACUAUUCGAUUUUGGUGGAUAACGUCUAUCAACUUUUCAAGAGCUCCAACGAUAAGUUAGUCUUUAGUCUAUUUGAGGCUGCUUUCGAGUCUGUGGGUUCUCAGUCUGAAGAAACAGGCAGUCCAGUGUUUGCUUUGCAUGUUAUCGACAAAAGCAUUACAGUUGGCUUCGAACAGGGCGAAACACUGACAUCGUUCAUCGAGGAGUUACCAAUGUUCCUUGAAGAUAGCUUUGUCGCUCUUCCUUUGAAGUUAUUGAUUCACUAUAGCCAGAGCAAGCUUUUGAAGAAGGAGACCUUGUACAGAUCAAUUAACGAUUGCUAUAUCAAGGCAACUAUGAUUGAAAACUCCCAGAACAAUCUGCAGUUGCUCAUGGACAAUUUGGCUGGCUUCAAAGGCUUUGACAUAACACAGUGUGAAGACUUGAAUAAUUAUAUUGAGGAACAGUCUGCUGAUGUUACUGCUGAGGGAAGCUCUUUGGGAUUCAAAUUGGCGACAAGAGAGAUUAUAUACAAUCUUUAUGUUAAGGCCAAGCAUCUGGGCAAGCUACCAGAAUUUGCCCAAGAAUGUGCUUUGAAUUUCCAACCUGCUGUCGAGGAAUUUUUGGCUUCUAAUUCAGAAAUGUUUUCUUAUAUCUGGUCUUCGUUGGAUAAUACCAAUUCACAGAAAAUAUUGGAUCUGGUGGAACAGAAAUCAGAAGACUCGAAUGUGGUAAAGGCCUACUUCCAAGGACUGCUUGUUUAUCUUACAUCCGACAGAAACACUUUUGUUGAUAGCCCGGAGAUUGCUACUAGACUCUCAGCUCUUUUGGAAAGACAACCUGCUCUUCUUGAGAAUAUCUUGGUUGGAACUGAUGCACAAUCUCUAGGCUCUGCCCUUGGUUCAAGUCCAGACUUGAGACUCUUCAUAUCGAACUCGUUUGAAGCAAAUAUAUUGCUUCCUCACCAGGGAGAAAUCCAUUUGGGAGACCCAAAAUUGGCGUUUCAAUUUUGCGCAAAAAUGAAGCUGGUAUCUGACCUGGUUGGUAUCGACCUUUCGAACCAGGUCAAGAUUCUUAUUGGUGUGGCUGCUGAGGCUGUAGCCGAUCUCGUAUUUAUGGAAACAGAAUCAAAGUCCCAAGAAUUACAGCCUGAAGCAACCGCUUUGCAAUUGAAGGCUGACAAGAUCAUUCAGGAUUCAAUUUCCAAUAAUGCUUUGAACCAGAAUAUUGUGGACAUUCUUCAAGGAGCUGCUGUUGGUGAAGACGGUAGCAUUUUUUCGGAGCUGUUUGAUCUGGUGAACUCGGAGAAAUACACCUUCAACGCCAGACUUGGCUUUGCCAGAGUUUUGAAAAGAGCACUUGGAAAACUUGUUGAGAAUACUUCGGUCAUCAGUUUUGAGUCUCUUGAUUUUAAUUGGGCCAAGUUGUUGAAAAUGCCUCUGGUCAUAAGCGCAUUUGUGAGCUCUAGUCCCAAGUUUUUGACUUCUGCGAAACUCGAAAGAGCCAGAAAUCAAGUUGCAUCCGAGCUGAUUGGUUUGAGAGGUAACGAAAUUUUGGUCAAAGGACUUACUAACCUUACUCUCCUAAUCGACUUCAUCUCGUUUGAUUUUGUGUCGGAGGUCUCUCCCAGCUUCACUGUUGCACCUUUGAACAGAUGGGUGAUGGUAUUGAAUAACCUCAAUAAUUGGUUAGACUCUGAUCUGGCUUAUGAGCCUGAAUUUUUGACUCUGAGACUGCAACUUCUCAAUUUUUGCUGCGUUUAUCUGAACAGGGCUAGUUCUUUGGCCAGCUCGCAGGAGAGUCUGCCCAAGUUUCUUGAGUUUGCCAUGAGAUUGGGGUUGGACUCUUUGGGAAUCGCAGCAGUUGGUGACGGUCUUUAUAAUAAGACCGUCACCUACUACUCGUUGAAGUUGUAUCUGGCAUUGGACAGGUUAGCACCUGUCAAUCCAUAUUGGGAGGAGCAGGUUCCAUCUUUCUGCGAAGAAAUUCUGGAGAUUGUGAAACAAUUUACCGCGGAAAAGCAGACAAAAGAUCAGUCUUACUUCAGCGUUGAAGAUCUAAUUGCUAGGAUAAUUGACUCCGGGGUCUUGACUGGUUUGCUGGAGGAGGAGACUCUUUAUACUCUCUUGAACUCGGAGUCUCUUGAGCUGCAAUCAGUUGCAGCUAAGAGUCUGAGUAAGCUGUUUCUUUCUCGUCAGGAUGCCUUGGUUGUGGAAUACGAAUUAUCCAGGACAAGCCUUAGUGAAGGUUCAGAAGUUGUUGAAACUUUGAAACUUCCUGAAGAACUGCUGAAAAAUGUUGGUGCCAUCUGGGAUGCCGAUAUGGAUGAGACCGAAGAACUCAAACGUGCUAGCACGUAUUUAUGGAGUUGGUGUCUCAUUUUCACUCAUUUCUCCAAUGUAAGUGCUGGAAUUCGCCAAGAAUACACCAAGCAGCUUACUGAGAAUGAUGCUUUGGCAAGGUUCUUUGGAACCGUGUUUUAUUGGCUUCAGACAAAUGGGGGAAGUGCCCUGGAUGUCUCGUCUUUGGGCGAGCUCUCGAGUUUCAACGAAAUAACGGAUUUGGAAGGUGAAGAAAGACUUUACUCGUUGGCCUUUGUUGCUUAUUACAUGGCUCUCAAAUUCACGGGCUCUUUUGCACAGUCUUGGUUCAACGAUCUUCGUGAUCGUAACAUGAAGUCUGAAAUUGAGAAGUUCACCACGACGCACGUUUCUCCCAAGUUAAUCGAAGAACAAUUGGCAUCUGUUGAAGGUCAAGUUGACCGUUUGAAGGAGAUUGAAAAUUUCUCCAUCAGAAUUAACAGAGUUACGAAAGAAGUAAAGUGUUUUCAUCACAUUGACGAACAGCUGAUGGAGGUGGUGAUUGCUAUUCCCGCAUCAUACCCUCUUGCAAAUGUGUCCGUGACAGGGCCUUUGAGAAUUGGAGUUAAAGAAACACAGUGGAAGGCAUGGCUUUUGGCCUCACAAUACGUUAUAUCAGUGCAGAAUGGCUCCAUUGUGGAGGCCAUUGAACUGUUCAACAAGAACGUCUCGCUUCACUUCUCGGGGUUCGAAGAAUGUGCUAUUUGCUACUCCAUUUUGCAUAUCGAUCACUCUUUGCCCACGAAAAGCUGUACCACUUGUAAUAACAAAUUUCAUUCCGGGUGUCUGUACAAGUGGUUCAAGAGCUCAGGCAGCAGUACAUGUCCAUUAUGCAGGUCUGCAUUCAGCUUCAGAGUUGGGCAGAGUUGA